GUCAAAUAUGACAUUUCAUUGACGUUUCAUUGUAAACGUAAACGCAACAAAAUACAUAAACAAUUCUUAAAAAUUGUUAUUAUUGUUUACGAUUAUGACGAUUAAAGGUCAAUGCGGUAAUUUUGCAUAGGCGACCUUUUACUUUGCACAUUUGAUAUUUUCCUAACGCUAAAUUUGCAAAUUAUAAAGAAAUGAUUAAGUUUUGGAAAAGUGCAGCAAAGGGCAAAUCAGGUUGUCCUGUGCGCCCUCCAGAAUUAAAUCCUCCUGUCAAUACAGAAAUAAGAAGUCUGGAUGCACAAUCAGUGGAUGAAAAUGGAGAGACAUUGAAUAUGUUUGAGAAGAAAUCUAAAUUGUCUUUAAGUUUACAUGACAUACUUGUUGGAAAAAAGGCAUUGAAAUAUUUUAUCCAAUUCAUGCAGACCAUUGGACAACAAUUACUUGUCAGAGCUUGGCAAGACAUGGAGAACUUCGAAACAUUAGUAAAAAACAGUGGCACAAAUAAUGAUAUUAACAACCAUUCACAAUUAAACAGGACUCAGAGCUUUGAUUUACACUGUAAAUGUAAACCAGACAAACAAAACAAUAGGGUCACAACCCAGAGUUUAAACUUGACACUAAAUACUAAUAUGUAUAAUAUAGAUAAUGCAAAUAAGAUAGUGGAAUGUUCAACAAGUUCAUGUGAAAAUUUAGUUGAUUGUGUAAACUCACAGGCUUACAGGUCUUGUGAAAAUGUUAACAGAAGUGAUUUAUCAGAAGAAUCAGUGAAAUUAUUUAAAAAAUAUGUUGCAUUAGAAGCACCAUGUCAGCUUGACUUACCAGAUAGCAUAAGGAAAUUAGUUAUAUCAAAUAUAUGUAAUCCUGAGGGUCUGAUUAGAGAAGAUUGUUUUAAACCUGUUCAAGAAAAAUUAUAUAGCCAUAUUCAGGAUAAUUAUUUUAAUGACUUUGUAGGCAGUCCUCUCUAUAUUCAAGCACAAAUUGACAUACUAACCAGUGGAUCUCUAAAUCUCAAAGAUAUUUUAUAUAAUGAGACAAUACUGUUUUACUUUACUGAAUAUUUGGAGCAAGAAUCUUGUAGAGUAUUGUUGGAGUUUCUAAUGGCUGUUAUACAUUUUAGAGAUAAUUCAAUUAAUGAUAAUGCAUUAAAUCCUGACCAAAUGCAGGCGGAUGCUAUUGUUAUUUAUGAUAAGUAUUUUUCCCUUCAAGCAACAAGUCCUAUUAGUUUUCCAGCGGAGACUAGACUUCAAAUAGAAAGUGAGAUAUGUAGAGAAGGGGGACCUCUUAAUACAUGUUUUGAUAUACCAUUCCAAUUUAUCUUUAAAACAUUAACACAAUACGUUAAAACAUUUCUAGAAUCUGAGUUAUACUAUAAGUAUCUCUCAGAAAUGAUUCAUUCAGUUGACCAAAGAUGGUCUACAAAUCAAAGGUCACAAUCAGAUUGUAGUAGUGAAUAUAGCAUUAGCACACAAAAUACACUACUUGCAAUGGGUGAUCCUGUGUUUAGAAAAAAGAAAAGAAAUCACUCUGUACCUGACAUGACAAUAGACUCUAAUCAGCUUUAUAAUGCGGACUCAUUGUGGCAAAGGCAAAGACACGAUGGAUUGAGCCUGGGACGAGUGAAUAGCCUUGGAAGGUUUGAGUCUAAACUGGAGCCAGACCCAGACAGAAAGGAAUCUAUAUUCAAAAAGAUGGUAAGUCGCUUUGUGCCAACUAACACAUCAAAAGUAGAGGAAGAAAUGGCUUGGCAAGUUGCACAUAUGAUAGUGAAAGAUGUGACAGAUUUAACCAUGGCCCCACCGGACAAUGACCAUGAUGAUUUAUAAAUUAAGUUAAUAGCUUAACAGAUAUACACAUAUAUUUUGUAAAUUAACCUAUAGUUUAAAUACAAGUUGAAAAUAA